CGAGUUGUGUUUCAGCAGAGGGAGGAGAAAGGACUACAUGGAGGAGAAAGGACUACAUGGAGGACUACAGCGCUCUCAUUCUGCACACACACACACACACACACACACACACACACACACACACACACGCACACACACACACACACACGCACAAUGACCCGGGGAGAGUCUUGCGCGUCUUUUAGGGAAACCAUGAAGUUCCCUUAGUGCGCUUUUUUUAUUUUUCAUUUGUUCUGCUUUAUCGGCGAACAGGAAAAAGGGGAUCUGAAGUGGAGACGCUCCUCUGAGUUUAGUCUCCCCCUCCUCCUCCUCCUCCUCCUCUUCCUCCUCUUCCUCCUCCAGUAGACUCUGGAGCCAGUUUCUCCCUGAAAAGGACGGAAUCAGCAGAGAAAGGAGCGCAGAGGGACUUUGUGCAGGAUGCAGGGGGUUUCAGCUACUGACCUCCCUGCCUCCUCUCUGCAGUACCAGUGCGGAUCGGUGGACUACCUGUGUUCUCCACGGCUGGUGAAGAAAGGUCCGACCACCAGACCAUGUCACGACAGGCCCGCCAUCAAACCCCGGCCCCAGCCCUCCACCUCGCCCAGACCGCCAACCGCACAGAAACCUCAAGUGCCCCCUAAACCUUCGCACCUGCUCGCCCUCGGGCAAGACAAGAAACCCAAGAGGAUCCCUCCGCCGCCAUCCAGACCCCUACCGGCUCCCCCUCCUCCGCCUAAACCAAAGCCCAGUCUCCCCCCUCCUGGCUUGGGAGCGCAACCACAGAAGGAGGCCCAGAAGGUGGGGCUGCUCAUCGAGAGGUUCGAGAAUUCAAGGGUUCCCAUCCUGGGGGUGCUCCCACGGUCCCAGCUGCACUUGUGUCUGAGAAUGGACACCGCGUCUGACAUCACCUCCUCCUGCGGCCAGGACCCCACGGCGAAGGUCGCAGGAGACCCCUCUCAACUUGCACUUGGCGCCUCCGAACGGACUCACGAAGCGUCCGAACUCUCCCGCCUGGCCUCCGUGCACAUCGACGGCUCGGACGACGCCCCGCUGGACGACUGUGACAUCGCAGCACACGGAGUCGGUUGCCUUGACGACGUGGAGCGGGAUGAGGGCUCCUCCCACGAGCUCCUGGACAAUCCGGACUCCUCUGAGCAGAACGGGAAGAUCCCCAACCGGGACAGUGGCAUCGACAGCCCGUCGUGCGCCGCCGAGGGGGAGGCGUUCCCCAACGAGGACGCCAUCGACGAGGAGGACCACUACGACAGCGUCACGGAGACGGAGAGCGUGUCCUGCUGCGUUACCCUGGGCAACAAGAGGGACUCGACGCAGGAUGAGGACAGCGACUUGGAUGAGGGGAGCAGCGGAGAAAUCCACUCUCUGACGGACACGCAGACCGGGUAUCUGACCGACGCACACUCAGAGGCGCACAAAUGCUCAGAGACUCAGAAUCUCCUGAACAUCGCCAAAGAGCUUCUCCACACUGAAGAGGCCUACGUCAAACGACUCAACCUCCUCGACCAGGUAUUUUGCACUAAGCUCACAGAGACUGGAAUCCCUCAGGACGUGAUUACAGGAAUCUUCUCCAACAUCUCCUCCAUCUACUGCUUCCACGACAAGUUCCUGCUGCCUGAGCUCAAGACACGCAUCACUGGAGAAUGGGACUCCAACCCUCGUAUUGGAGACAUCCUCCAGAAACUGGCUCCCUUCAUGAAGAUGUACGGAGAAUAUGUGAAGAACUUUGACCGAGCCAUGGACUUGGUCAACACCUGGACACAGCGGUCCUCACAGUUCAAGAGCGUGGUCCAGAAUAUUCAGAAACAGGAUGUGUGUGGGAACCUGACGUUGCAGCACCACAUGCUGGAGCCGGUUCAAAGGAUUCCUCGCUACGAGCUGUUGCUCAGAGAUUACCUGAAGAAGCUGCCUGAUGACGCUCUGGACCGGAAAGACGCCGAGAAGGCACUGGAGCUAAUCUCUACUGCGGCUAACCAUUCCAAUGCAGCAAUCAGGAAAAUGGAGAAGAUGCACAAGCUGCUGGAGGUUUACGAGAGGCUCGGAGGAGAGGAGGACAUAGUUAACCCGGCCAAUGAGCUCAUAAAAGAAGGUCAUAUCAAGAAGAUGUCAGCCAAAAAUGGAACAGCACAAGACCGAUACCUCUACUUGUUCAACAAUAUGGUGCUAUACUGCGUGCCUAAACUCCGACUGAUGGGACAGAAGUUCAGCGUAAGAGAGAGGAUCGACAUCGCUGGAAUGGAGGUGCAGGAGAAUGUGAAGCAGAACCUUCCUCACACGUUUGCCAUCAUCGGCAAGCAGCGUUCACUGGAGCUGCAAGCAAGGACAGCUGAGGAGAAAGAAGAUUGGAUUCAGGUGAUCCUGGCCACAAUCGAGCGGCACAAGCAAAACAGCGAAACGUUCAAUAAAGCGUUCAACAGCUCUUUCUCCCGGGAGGAUGACCACCCCCCUGAGUCACCGGGUCCCUGGUGCAACACAUCCAUCGACUCAGACGGGGAAAGACUGCAUGAAAGGAAGAGUUCCAGGAAAAAGGAGAAAGAGAAGCAGACAUGUAAAGGCUGCAACGAGAGCUUCAACUUCACCAAGCGCAAACACCACUGCAAGUCCUGUGGAGCGGCCAUCUGUGCGAAGUGUUCAAAGACCUUGGACAACAAAACGAGCCGUGUGUGCCCGGAGUGUUUCGAAGCCAGCCUCAGCCUGGAGACUCUCUGCGUCAGUGAACAGAAGAGGAAAGCUGCGCCUGAGAGACAGACAUCUCUAACGGGGGAGAACUGCCUGCUAUGUGGCCACCUUCAGGUGCAGGAGAAAGGGAAGAGCUGGUCUAAGAUGUGGGUGGCUGUCACCAAGGCUGAGCCACUGGUGCUGUACUUGCAGAGCAGUGGACAGGACUCCAAGGGUGCGAGGGUGGUGCCUCUCCCAGGGUUCGAAGUGAGUGCCGUGCCGCCGCCGUCGGGAGGCGAGAAGCCGGAGAUCAAACACGCUUUCCGCCUCAGUCACACCCAGCAGACUUUGCUCCUAAGUGCCCAAGAUGCAGAACUUCAGGCCAAGUGGGUGGACGUCCUCUCCAAGGCGGCCCGCGGUGAAGCGCCCACGGACGCCUCGACGAGCGUGACUGAAAACAGGAAGAGCCAGUAGUGGCCCUGUUGGAGCCACAGGACUCGCACCCCCAACCCCCUCCCCCACCUCCCUGCUCCUCCCGUGUUUAUAGAGCACACAAUUACUUGAAAUCACUUUACCUUGGCACUUUUUUAUUUUGUUUUUAUUUUUUUUUCUUCCUCCUCUUUAUGCCACUUCAAUCUUCUCCUCAUGAACACACAGCUCCAUCUUCUCUCCCUUUAUCUCCCUGUCUCUCUUGAACACACAGAAGAAGAAAUAAAACAGAAGGACUAUGCUAUCAAGCCACCAAUGCCACUGUAUGUAUGUGUGGUUGGGAUAUUUUAGUGUUUUUCAAACGCCGGAGAGGACUAAAUGUUUUAUUUGUAAUAUAGCUGAAGAAGGUUCCUGUUUGGGUUUUUUUUUCAAAAAGAUGAAGUUUCUUGUACAUUAUGCGACUGUGUUGUGAAGCAUUACAUUUUAUGUGUUUGUCUUUCCAUUUGCGGGAAAGUAUGUGUGUGUGUGUGUGUGUGUGUGUGUGUGUGUGUGUGUGUGUUUGAUUGAGUGCGAGUCCCCACUCCCGUGUUUAUUAAGUAUUGAAUGUUAGUGUAAGAAACCCUACGCCACCCCUCCGUUCUCUUCACUCCUGCUGGGGACACAGUGGCAGUUCAGUGGGUAUUGUACAGUAUGUAUACUAUAGUGCAAUGUAAGGAAAAAAAAAGAUGUUUUAACUUAAAGAAGACACAGAGAUGUGUAUAGCUUGUGGCUGGCCACUUGAUGCUCCCACUGUCAGCUCCCAUCUUACAGACCCUCUCCUCAUACUUCUCUCAUCUAUGAAAGGUAAUAAAUCCCUCCCAACUUUGGACUCUUGAGAUCUCUAAUCUGAUCCCCCUCCCCCCCACAUUUCCACUCCGCCAUGAUUGCGACUCAUCCAGAUGAGAGUACGCAGCCAGAAUGGGAUCAAGUGGCCUCAAUUCUGACCCUGAGCUGCAGGUUCAGUCCCUCGAUAUCUCCACUUGUACACAUGCUUAAUAAAUCAUUUUCAUAUACUUCUCUCUCUUUCUUAGGAUAGCAACCGUCUGCCUGCUUCUCUCCCCUUUUGGUGAUGUGAUGGAAACCAAGUACUGUACUGUAAAACUGUUAACUCUGUACCCUGCUCCUGUCAGCCACCAGCCUUCAAGCAAAAGUAGCAAAAAAAAAUAGAAUUGGUCAUUGGAUCUCUUUGUGCAUGUAAAAAAAAAAACUCACUCAUAUUUAUGUACCGUGCUCUGAAAAUCUUUGCCCCUUUCCCCUCUCUUUUUAUGCCCCAGAAUUCAUUCUUGUCGUACUGUAAGUGAGCAGCAGUGAGUGUUUUUAAACAUGGUUUGUGCACAGUGGAAAAGCAGUCAAGCAUAUCAUCAAUAAACAGACGUUGUGAUUCGUUCAGUACGCGCUGUCC